AUGCCGAGCGCGGAGGAGCGGGCCGCGCAGGCUGAGGACAACGCGGACGGGGAGCCCGGCGCCGACCCACGGCUGCGACUCCUCGGGGCCUAUGUGGCCCGGAGCCUGCGGCCGCCCGCGGGCGCCUGGGAGCGCUGCGCGGGCUCGGCCGAUGCGGGGCAGCUGCUGCACGCCUUCCUGGGACAGGGGGCCGCUGAGGGUCCGCGACCGCUGCUGGUGGUGCAGCCCGGGCCUGGGGGCCUGGCGGUGCGCACGGAGCUGGACGCGGGACCCGAGGCCGGCCCAUCUCGCGCUAAGGGGCUUUUUUUCCUGCGCACCAGGCCCGAGCCGCCGGGCCCCGGCAGCCUCCGCGGGGCAGUGCUGUGCGGGGAUCUGCCCGCCGCGCCGCUGGAGCAUCUGGCCGCGCUCUUCUCCGAGGUUGUCAUCCCUGUCCUGGCCAAUAAGAAGAACCACCUAGACUGGCCCCACGUGGUUUGUCAAGAUGUCCAGCGGCAUGCCUACAGCCUCCAGGGUGACCUUCUGGUUCUCCUUGAGCAAGCGAAGGGAAAAACCCUGCUGCCCCUUCCAGUCGGCUCAGAAAACGUGGGCUCUGAGGGUUCUGAAAUUGAGGCCGCCUUGGAUUCUACGGACAAGUCCGUCAUCUAUGCCAUUGAGUCUGCAGUGAUCCAGUGGAGCCACCAAAUCCAGCUCGUGCUCAAGAGAGAGUCUUCCCAGCCACUCCUCCAGGGGGAGAACCCUACCCCGAAGGUGGAGCUGGAGUUCUGGAGGAGCAGGUAUGAAGACCUGAAAUCCAUUUAUAAUCAGCUGAGAACAAUAAAGAGGAGGGGCAUGGCGGGACUUCUGGACAAGUUUCAGAGCAGUUACUUUCCAGCUUUCCAAGCCAUGUUCCGAGACAUUGGAGCAGCUCUGACGGAGGCGCGGGACAUCUACACCCACCUGGCGCCACUGAGCCGUCACCUGGAGAGCCUCGAGAGCCUGGAGUUUCCCGACGUGAAGCCCCGGCUGCGGCCCCUGCUGCACGUGGUCUGCCUGAUCUGGGCCAUGUGUGAGUCUUACCGCUGCCCAGGGCGGCUCACGGCGCUGCUGCAGGAGAUCUGCAACCUUCUGGUCCAGCAGGCCUCUGUUUAUCUCUGCCCAGAAGACCUCCUGAGAGGUGAGGUCGAAGACAGUGAGAGGAAACUGCAUGUGGUCACGGACACCUUGAGCUUCUUCAAGCAGCUGUUUCAGGACAGAAGGGAGAAUCUCCAUUCUUACUUCAAAGAGAACCAGGAAGUCCGCGAGUGGGAUUUCCAGUCCUCUUUGGUCUUUGUGAGAUUGGAUGGCUUCCUGGGGCGACUGGGCAUGGUGCAGGAUCUUCUGAAGACAACUUUGGAUUUCCACAAACUGGGAAAGCUUGAGUUCAGUGGUAUCAGAGGGAGUGCCCUGAGCCAGCAGGCCCAGCAGAUGUACACCGAGUUUCAAGAGAUGUACAGGGUCUUCUCAGAGUCUUCCUACAACUGCUUGGAUCUCCAAAGCGUGGAAUUUGAAAAUGACAUCUCUGACUUUAAUCAGAGAGUAGAAGAUCUUGACAGGAGGCUGGGGACUGUCUUUAUUCAGGCCUUCGAUGAUGCCCCUGGCUUGGAGCAUGCCUUUAAGCUGCUGGACAUAGCAGGAAACCUCUUGGAGAGACCAGUGGUAGCACGGGAUGCCUCUGAAAGAUACCUGGGGCUCAUCCGCAUGUUCAGCAAGGAUCUGGACGCCGUGAGGAUGAUCCACAGUCAGCAUGUCCAGGAGGAGGCAGAGCAUGGAUUCUCCGCCGUGCACAAGAACAUGCCUGCUGUGGCCGGGGGCCUCCGCUGGGCACGGGAGCUGAGGCAGCGCAUCCAGGGUCCCUUCGACAACUUUAGACGCAUGACACACCCUUGCAUGGAAUCUGCCGAAGCAAAGCGCAUGAUACAAAAAUACGAAGACACUCUCUCCUUGCUGGAAAAGUAUGAAACAAGACUUUAUGGGGACUGGUGUCAAACAGUAGCAGAGAAGUCACAGUACAACCUCUCACGGCCACUUCUGAGACGUGACCCGGAGACAAAGCAGAUCACUGUCAACUUUAGUCCACAGCUGGUUUCCGUGCUGAGAGAAAUGAGUUAUCUUCAACCCCAGCAAAUGACGCACAUCCCCGAGACGGCAGCAGCCAUGUUCUCCUCCAGGGAGUUCUACCGGCAGCUCGUGGCUCAUUUGGAGUUGACGGCAACGUGGUACAACAAGGUUAUGAAAACUCUGCUCGAGGUGGAAUUUCCAUUAGUUCAGGAAGAGCUGCAAGAUAUCGAUCUCUGCCUGAGAGCUGCAGAGGAGACUCUAAGCUGGAAGACAGAAGGUAUUUGGGAUUAUGUCAUUCAGAUCACCAAUAGUAUUCAUGAUCUCGAACAAAGAGUUCAGAAAACUCAGGACAAUGUGGAAGAGAUUCAGAGCAUCAUGAAAACAUGGGUGUCGCCAAUGUUUAAGAGAAAAGAUGGGAAAAAGGAAUGCCUUCUCUCUAUGGAUGAUCAGCAUGAUCGAGUGGAAAAAUAUUACCGUCUCAUCAAAGAAUCUGGCCUGAAGAUCCAUGCCCUUGUGCAGGAAAACCUGGGUCUUUUUUCAGCAGAUUCAACUUCUGAUAUCUGGAAGACUUAUGUUAACUACAUUGAUGAUAUGUUGCUGGAUGGAUUCUUUCUUGCCAUUGAGUGUUCCCUCAAGUACCUCCUGGAAAAUACUGAAUGUAAGGCAGGACUUACCCCGAUAUUUGAAGCCCAGCUGAGCUUAGCCAUCCCAGAACUGGUUUUCUGUCCAUCGCUGGAGCCUGGCGUGAAGGGCGGCUUCUACGACCAGGUGGAGGGCCUCGUCACCAGCAUCUUUAGCAUCGCGUCCUUGGUGCCCCGGCUUUCUCCUGAGAAUGGCUCUCCCCACUAUCAGGUGGAUUUGGAGGCCAUGGCUGAGCUGGCGGGCCUGCGGGGCGAGCUGAUGGGGCGGGUGCAGGCCAUGAUGGCCCUCUGCGGCGACUAUCGGAGCACCCUCAGCCAGUAUUCCUACCUCUACACGGAGGACCGCAAGGAGGCUCUGGGCCAGUUUCUGUUGUACGGGCGCAUGCUCACAGCCGAGGAGGUGGAAGCCCACGCUGAGGACGGCAUCCCAGAGAAUCCUCCCCUCCUGCAUCAGUUCAGAGCGCAGAUCGACUCCUACGAGAAGCUCCAUGAGGACGUGUGCAGGCUGGAGCCCGUCCAGGUGUUUGACAGCUGGAUGAAGAUCGAUGCACGGCCCUUUAAGGCGUCUCUGCUGAAUAUAAUAAAAAAGUGGAGCCUCAUGUUCAAACAGCAUCUCGUGGACCAUGUCACUCACAGCUUGGCCGACCUUGAAGCAUUUAUUAAAAACAGUGAGAAUGGCUUGCUCAAGAAAGUCGAAAAAGGAGAUUUCCAAGGACUGGUUGAGAUUAUGGGGCACCUAAUGGCUCUUAAAGAACGACAGAGCAGCACCGAUGAGAUGUUUGAGCCUUUAAAGCAAACGAUUGAAUUGCUGAAGACCUAUGGACAAGAAUUACCGGAAACAGUGUUUGAGCAGCUGGAGGAGCUGCCUGAGAAGUGGAACAACAUUAAAAAGACGGCGGUUACCGUGAGGCAGCAGGUGGCCCCCCUGCAGGCCAAUGAAGUGACCCUCCUGCGCCAGCGGUGCGCGGCCUUCGAGGCGGAGCAGCAGUCCUUCUGGGGGCGAUUCCGCAGAGAAGCGCCCUUCAGGUUUGAUAGCACUGACCCUCAUCAGACGCUGGAUGCCUGGCACUUGGAGACCCAGCAGAUGGAGUCCACCAUGGCCUCCAUUUCCGCGUCCGCCAGCUUGUUUGAAGUCACCGUCCCUGACUACAAGCAGCUGCGGCAGUGCAGGAAGGAGGCGUGCCGGCUGAAGGAGCUCUGGGACACGAUUGGGAUGGUGACCUCCAGCAUCCAUGCCUGGGAGACCACCAGGUGGAAGGAUAUCGACGUGGAGGCCAUGGACUUGGAGUGCAAAAAGUUUGCCAGGAACAUCCGGAACCUCGACAAGGAGGUCAGGGCCUGGGAGGCCUUCACAGGCCUGGAGAGCACAGUGUUGGACACCCUGACCUCCCUGAGGGCCGUGGCCGAGCUGCAGAACCCGGCCAUCCGGGAGCGGCACUGGAGGCAGCUGAUGCAGGCCACGGGCGUGACCUUCACCAUGGAUGAGAGCACCACCCUGGCCCACCUCCUGCAGCUGCAGCUGCACCACUUUGAGGAUGAGGUCCGGGGCAUCGUGGACAGAGCCGUGAAAGAGCUGGGCAUGGAGAAGGUGCUGAAGGAGCUGCAGACCACCUGGGCUGGCAUGGAAUUCCAGUACGAGCCCCACCCACGGACCUGUGUGCCCCUGCUGCAGUCUGACGAGGACCUCAUCGAGGUUCUGGAGGAUAACCAGGUCCAGCUUCAGAACCUGAUGGUGUCCAAGCACAUUGCCUUCUUCCUGGAGGACGUGUCAGGCUGGCAGAAGAAGCUGUCCACUGCCGACGCCGUCAUCUCCAUCUGGUAUGAUGUGCAGCGCACGUGGUCUCACCUAGAAAGCAUAUUCAUCGGAUCUGAAGAUAUCCGGGCUCAGCUGCCCCAGGAUUCUAAAAGAUUUGAAGGCAUCGACAUAGACUUUAAAGAGUUAGCUUAUGAUGCUCGGAAAACUCCAAACGUAGUGGAAGCCACCAACAAGCCAGGUCUUUAUGAAAAGCUGGAAGAUAUUCAGAGCAGGCUGUACCUGUGUGAGAAGGCCCUGGCGGAGUACCUGGACACCAAAAGGCUUGCCUUCCCCAGGUUUUACUUCCUCUCCUCUUCCGAUCUUCUAGACAUUCUUUCCAACGGUACAGCCCCUCAACAGGUUCAACGCCACCUUUCCAAACUAUUUGACAAUAUGGCCAAGAUGCAGUUCCAGCUAGAUGCCAGUGAGAAGCCAACCAAGACCAGCCUUGGCAUGUACAGCAAGGAAGGAGAAUAUGUGGCCUUCAGCGAGUCCUGUGACUGCAGCGGGCAGGUAGAAAUAUGGCUGAACCACGUGCUGGCUCGCAUGAAGGCCACGGUGAGGCACGAGAUGACAGAAGGUGUAACCGCCUACGAAGAAAAGCCCAGGGAACAGUGGCUCUUUGACUACCCAGCUCAGGUGGCCCUGACCUGUACCCAGAUCUGGUGGACCACAGAGGUGGGCAUGGCAUUUGCAAGGCUGGAGGAAGGCUAUGAGAAUGCCAUGAAGGACUAUUACAAGAAGCAAGUGGCCCAGCUCAAAACCCUCAUCACCAUGCUCAUUGGCCAGCUCUCCAAGGGGGACCGGCAGAAGAUCAUGACCAUAUGCACCAUCGAUGUCCAUGCUCGGGACGUGGUGGCCAAGAUGAUUGCUCAGAAGGUAGAUAACGCCCAGGCCUUCCUCUGGCUGUCCCAGCUAAGGCAUCGAUGGGACGAUGAGGCCAAACACUGCUUUGCCAACAUCUGUGAUGCCCAGUUUCUAUACUCCUAUGAGUACCUGGGGAAUACCCCUCGCCUGGUGAUCACGCCUCUGACAGACAGGUGUUACAUCACCCUCACCCAGUCUCUGCACCUGACCAUGAGUGGGGCUCCAGCAGGGCCUGCGGGCACAGGCAAGACAGAAACCACCAAGGACCUGGGCCGAGCGCUGGGCAUCAUGGUCUACGUGUUCAACUGCUCCGAGCAGAUGGAUUACAAGUCUUGCGGCAACAUCUACAAGGGCCUUGCUCAGACUGGUGCCUGGGGCUGUUUUGAUGAGUUCAAUCGAAUCUCUGUGGAGGUCUUGUCAGUGGUGGCGGUGCAGGUAAAAAGCAUUCAAGAUGCAAUUCGAGACAAGAAGCAGCACUUCAACUUCCUUGGAGAGGAGAUUAGCUUGAACCCAUCCGUGGGCAUCUUCGUCACCAUGAACCCCGGCUAUGCUGGUCGUACAGAGCUGCCCGAGAACCUCAAGGCUCUGUUCAGGCCUUGUGCAAUGGUUGUCCCAGACUUUGAGUUGAUCUGUGAAAUCAUGCUGGUGGCUGAAGGAUUCAUCGAGGCACGGUUACUAGCCAGGAAGUUCAUCACCCUUUACCAGCUGUGCAAAGAGCUUCUCUCUAAACAGGACCACUACGACUGGGGCCUGAGGGCCAUCAAGUCUGUGCUGGUGGUGGCCGGGUCCCUGAAGCGGGGAGACCCUGACCGGCCCGAGGACCAAGUCCUGAUGCGCUCGCUGCGAGAUUUCAACGUCCCCAAGAUAGUGACUGACGACAUGCCAGUGUUCCUGGGCCUGAUCGGGGACCUGUUUCCUGCCCUGGAUGUCCCUCGGAGGAGAGAUCUCGACUUCGAAGCCCUGGUUAGGAAGGCGGUGAUGGAGCUGAAACUCCAGGCUGAGGACAACUUUGUGCUCAAGGUGGUCCAGCUGGAGGAGCUCCUGGCGGUGCGGCAUUCUGUAUUCGUGGUGGGCAGUGCGGGAACUGGCAAGUCACAGGUGCUGAGGUCCUUGCACAAGACCUACCAGAUCAUGAAACGCCGCCCUGUCUGGACUGACCUCAACCCCAAAGCGGUCACCAACGACGAGCUCUUUGGCAUCAUCAAUCCAGCUACACGAGAAUGGAAGGAUGGACUGUUCUCUUCUAUCAUGCGGGAGCUUGCCAACAUCACCCAUGAUGGGCCCAAAUGGAUUUUACUGGAUGGUGACAUUGAUCCGAUGUGGAUUGAGUCUCUGAACACUGUCAUGGAUGAUAACAAGGUGCUGACCCUGGCGAGCAACGAGAGGAUCCCUCUGAAUCCCACCAUGAGGCUUCUCUUUGAGAUCAGCCACCUGCGCACGGCCACGCCAGCCACUGUCUCCAGAGCAGGGAUCCUGUAUAUUAACCCGGCAGACCUGGGCUGGAACCCUCCUGUGAGCAGCUGGAUCGACAGGAGAGAGAUCCAGACAGAGAGAGCCAACCUAACCAUCCUGUUUGACAAGUACCUUCCGACCUGCUUAGAUGCGCUCAGAACCAGAUUUAAGAAGAUAAUUCCAAUCCCAGAGCAGAGCACAGUCCAGAUGCUGUGCCACCUUCUUGAGUGUCUGCUGACCGAGGAGGACAUCCCUGCAGACUGCCCCAAGGACACCUACGAGCUUUACUUUGUGUUUGCUGCCAUCUGGGCUUUUGGUGGAGCACUGGUCCAGGACCAGCUCGUGGACCACCGGGCAGAGUUCAGCAAAUGGUGGCUCAGUGAGUUCAAGACCAUCAAGUUUCCCUCCCAAGGAACCAUCUUUGACUAUUACAUAGACCCAGAGACCAAGAAAUUCGAGCCUUGGUCCAGGCUCAUCCCGCAGUUUGAAUUUGACCCUGAGACACCUCUGCAGGCCAGCCUGGUGCACACCGGCGAGACCAUAUGCCUCUGCUACUUCCUGGAGCGGCUCCUGGCGCGGCGGCGGCCGGUCAUGCUGGUGGGAACGGCGGGCACGGGCAAGUCGGUGCUGGUGGGGGCGACGCUGGCCAGCCUGGACCCCGAGGCGUACCUGGUGAAAAACGUGCCCUGCAACUACUACACCACAUCAGCUAUGCUGCAGGCUGUCCUGGAGAAGCCUCUGGAAAAGAAAGCCGGCAGGAACUACGGUCCCCCAGGCAACAAGAAGCUCAUCUAUUUCAUUGACGACAUGAACAUGCCCGAGGUGGAUGCCUAUGGGACUGUGCAGCCUCACACGGUCAUCAGGCAGCACCUGGACUACGGCCACUGGUAUGAUCGAAACAAACUGUCCCUGAAGGAGGUCAUGAAUGUCCAGUAUGUUUCCUGUAUGAACCCCACCGCGGGCAGCUUCACCAUCAACCCCCGGCUUCAGCGUCACUUCAGCGUGUUCACCCUCUCCUUCCCGGGAGCAGACGCCCUGUCCUCCAUCUAUAGCGCCAUCCUGACUCAGCACCUCAGGCUGGGGAACUUUCCGGCAGCGCUGCACAAGAGCGUCCCCCAGCUGCUCCAGCUGGCCCUCACCUUCCACCAGAAAAUCGCCACCACGUUCCUUCCCACAGCGAUCAAAUUCCACUACAUCUUCAACCUCAGGGACUUCGCCAACAUUUUCCAGGGUAUUCUCUUCUCCUCUGUGGAAUGUGUCAAGUCCACACAGGACCUAGUAAACCUCUAUCUGCACGAAUCGAAUCGGGUUUAUCGGGAUAAGAUGGUGGAAGAGAAGGACCUUGAUCUUUUUGAUAAGAUCCAGGUAGACGUGGUCAAGAAAAUUUUUGAUGACCUCGAAGAGACUGUGGAGCAGACCCAAAGCCUGAACGUGUAUUGCCAUUUUGCACACGGUAUCGGGGAGCCCAAGUACAUGCCCGUCCAGUCGUGGGAACUUCUGACGCAGACUCUGGUGGAGGCCCUGGAGAACCACAACGAAGUCAACACAGUGAUGGACCUGGUGCUCUUCGAGGACGCCGUGCGCCAUGUCUGCCACAUUAAUCGCAUCCUGGAGUCCCCUCGGGGAAAUGCUCUGCUGGUCGGCGUGGGGGGAAGUGGCAAGCAGAGCCUGACUCGGCUGGCGGCUUUCGUCAGCUCCAUGGAUGUAUUCCAGAUCACGUUGCGGAGAGGCUACCAAAUCCUGGACUUCAAGGCGGACCUGGCAGCCUUGUGCCUGAGAGCCGGGGUCAAGAACCUCAGCACCGUGUUUCUCAUGACCGAUGCCCAGGUGGCUGAUGAGAAGUUCCUCGUAUUCAUCAACGACCUCUUGGCAUCUGGAGAGAUCCCAGAUCUCUACUCUGACGAUGAGGUCGAAAACAUCAUAAGCAAUGUGAGAAAUGAGGUCAAGAGCCAAGGUCUGGUUGACAACAGAGAAAAUUGCUGGAAGUUUUUCAUAGAGCGAGUCCGACGGCAGCUGAAGGUGACUCUCUGCUUCUCCCCGGUGGGGACCAAGCUGAGGGUCCGCAGCAGGAAGUUCCCCGCCAUCGUGAACUGCACGGCCAUUGACUGGUUCCACGAGUGGCCGAAGCAGGCCCUGGAGUCCGUCAGCCUCCGCUUCCUGCAGAACACGGAAGGCGUUGAGACCGCAGUCAAGCCAUCAAUUAGCGAGUUCAUGGCUUUCGUCCACGCAAGUGUCAACCGCACCUCCCAGUCCUAUAUGAGCAACGAGCAGCGCUUCAACUACACAACGCCCAAGUCGUUCCUGGAGUUCAUCAGACUCUACCAGAGCCUGCUGCGCAGGCACGGGAGGGAGCUCCGGUCCAAGAUGGAGCGGCUGGAGAACGGGUUGCUGAAGCUCCAUAGCACCUCUGCCCAGGUGGAUGAGCUAAAAGCCAAGCUGGCCACCCAGGAAGUGGAGCUAAGGCAGAAGAAUGAAGAUGCCGACAAGCUGAUUCAGGUGGUGGGCGUGGAGACGGACAAGGUGAGCAGAGAGAAAGCCAUCGCCGACGAGGAGGAGCGGAAGGUAGCCCUCAUCAUGCUGGAGGUGCAGCAGAAGCAGAAGGACUGUGAGGAAGACCUGGCCAAGGCAGAACCGGCGCUCACGGCAGCCCAGGAGGCCCUCAACACCCUCAACAAGACCAAUCUGACCGAGCUGAAGUCCUUCGGUUCCCCGCCGCCGGCGGUGAGCAAUGUCAGCGCAGCGGUGAUGGUGCUCAUAGCUCCCAGGGGCAAGGUGCCCAAGGACCGCAGCUGGAAGGCCGCCAAGGUCACCAUGGCCAAGGUGGAUGGUUUCCUGGACUCCCUCGUCCACUUUGACAAGGAGAACAUUCACGAGAACUGCCUCAAGGCCAUCAGGCCAUAUCUGCAGGACCCCGAGUUCAAUCCGGAGUUUGUGGCCACCAAGUCCUACGCGGCUGCAGGCCUCUGCUCUUGGGUCAUAAACAUCGUGAAGUUCCACGAGGUGUUCUGUGACGUGGAACCCAAGCGCCAAGCGCUGAGCAAGGCCACCUCGGACCUCACUGCUGCCCAGGAAAAGCUGGCGGUCGUUAAAGCAAAGAUUGCUCACCUUAAUGAGAACCUGGCCAAACUCACGGCCAAGUUUGAGAAAGCAACAGCCGACAAACUCAAAUGUCAACAAGAAGCUGAAGCGACUGCAGGCACCAUCUCCCUUGCAAACCGCCUGGUGGGAGGCCUGGCCUCUGAAAACGUGAGAUGGGCAGAAGCUGUGCAGAACCUCAAGCAACAGGAAAGGAAAUUGUGUGGAGACAUUUUACUUACUGCAGCUUCCAUCUCGUACCUGGGCUUCUUCACAAAGCAAUACCGCCAGAGCCUUCUGGACACGACUUGGAGGCCCUACCUGAGCCAGCUGCAGGUUCCAAUCCCAAUGACCCCCACCCUGGACCCCCUGCGGACGCUGAUGGAUGAUGCCGAUGUGGCCACCUGGCAGAAUGAGGGCCUCCCUGCAGACCGCAUGUCCACGGAGAAUGCCGCCAUCCUCCUCAGCUGCGAGCGCUGGCCGCUCAUGGUGGACCCUCAGCUACAAGGCAUCAAAUGGAUCAAGAACAAGUAUGCUGAGGACCUCCGGGUCACCCAGAUCGGCCAGAAGGGCUACCUUCAGACGGUAGAGCGUGCUGUGGAAGCCGGGGACAUGGUGCUGAUUGAAAAUCUGGAAGAGUCCAUCGAUCCUGUGCUAGGACCCCUGCUGGGGAGAGAAGUCAUUAAGAAAGGACGGUUCAUUAAAAUUGGAGACAAAGAGUGUGAGUAUAACCCCAGGUUCCGGCUCAUCCUUCACACCAAGCUGGCCAACCCUCACUACCAACCCGAGCUGCAAGCUCAGGCCACCCUGAUCAACUUCACCGUGACCAGGGAUGGCCUGGAGGACCAGCUGCUGGCCUCUGUGGUCAGCAUGGAGAGACCAGACCUGGAGCAGCUGAAGUCAGAGCUCACGAAGCAGCAGAAUGGAUUCAAAAUCACCCUCAAAACAUUGGAAGACAACCUGCUCUCUCGCCUCUCCUCGGCCUCCGGGAACUUCCUGGGAGAAACAGCCCUGGUGGAGAACCUUGAGACCACCAAGCAGACUGCCGCAGAAGUUGAGAAAAAGGUGCAGGAGGCCAAGGUGACCGAGGCGAAAAUCAACGAGGCCCGGGAGCAUUACCGGCCGGCCGCCGCCCGGGCCUCCCUGCUCUACUUCAUCAUGAACGACCUCGGCAGGAUCCACCCCAUGUACCAGUUUUCCCUCAAGGCCUUCAGCAUUGUCUUCCGGAAGGCCGUGGAGAAGGCGGCCCCUGAUGAGAACCUCAAGGGACGGGUGGCCAACCUGAUAGACAGCAUCACCUUUUCUGUCUGCCAGUACACCACCCGGGGGCUCUUCGAGUGCGAUAAGCUGACCUACCUUGCCCAGCUCACCUUUCAGAUCCUCCUCAUGAACCAGGAAGUGAGUGUAGCCGAGCUGGACUUCCUGCUUCGAUCUCCAGCACAGACAGGAGUCACAAGUCCAGUGGAGUUCCUCUCCCAUCAGGCAUGGGGUGGCAUCAAGGCACUUUCAUCAAUGGAAGAAUUCUGUAAUCUGGAUCGGGACAUUGAGGGAUCCUCCAAGAGCUGGAAGAAGUUCGUGGAAUCAGAAUGUCCUGAGAAGGAAAAGUUCCCCCAGGAGUGGAAGAACAAGACAGCCCUGCAGCGCCUCUGCAUGAUAAGAGUCUUGCGGCCCGACCGGAUGACCUACGCCCUGCGAGAUUUUAUUGAGGAGAAGUUAGGAAGCGAAUACGUGGUGGGAAGAGCACUGGACUUCGCAGCCUCUUUUGAAGAAUCAGGACCAGCCACACCCAUGUUCUUCAUCCUGUCUCCAGGGGUGGACCCCCUGAAGGAUGUGGAAAGUCAAGGCAAAAAACUCGGAUAUACCUUCAACAACCGGAACUUCCACAAUGUGUCUUUGGGGCAAGGACAGGAGGUCGUGGCUGAGGCCGCGCUGGACCUGGCUGCCAAGAAAGGCCACUGGGUUAUUUUGCAGAACAUCCACCUGGUAGCCACGUGGCUCGGUGCCCUGGAGAAGAAGCUGGAGGAGCACAGUGAGAACAGCCACAGAGAGUUCAGGGUCUUCAUGAGUGCGGAGCCCGCCCCCUCCCCCGAGAGCCACAUCGUCCCCCAGGGCCUCCUGGAGAACGCCAUCAAGAUCACCAGCGAGCCACCCACGGGCAUGCACGCCAACCUGCACAAGGCCCUGGACAACUUCACUCAGGACACCCUGGAGAUGUGUUCCCGGGAGACGGAGUUUAAGAGCAUCCUCUUUGCGCUUUGUUACUUUCACGCUGUGGUGGCAGAAAGACGCAAGUUUGGACCCCAGGGGUGGAAUCGCUCCUACCCCUUCAACACCGGAGACCUCACCAUCUCUGUGAACGUGCUCUACAACUUCCUAGAGGCCAACGCCAAGGUCCCCUACGAUGACCUGCGGUACCUCUUCGGUGAGAUCAUGUACGGGGGCCACAUCACUGAUGACUGGGACCGGAGACUCUGCAGAACCUACCUGGAGGAGUUCAUCAAACCAGAGAUGCUAGAGGGAGAGCUGGCCCUGGCCCCAGGGUUCCCACUGCCCGGCAACAUGGACUACAGUGCCUACCACCAGUACAUCGAUGCCCAGCUGCCCCCAGAGUCUCCCUACCUGUACGGCCUCCACCCGAACGCUGAGAUCGGCUUCCUGACCCAGACGUCGGAGAAGCUCUUUCGCACGGUGCUGGAGCUGCAGCCCCGGGACAGCCAGGCCGGAGAAGGAGCAGGAGCCACGAGAGAAGAAAAGGUCAAGGCGGUCCUGGAGGAAAUACUGGAGCGGGUGACAGAUGAGUUUAACCUCCCAGAGCUGAUGGCCAGGGCGGAGGAGCGCACCCCCUACGUGGCCGUGACGCUCCAGGAGUGCGAGCGGAUGAACGUGCUCACCAGACAGAUGCAGCGCUCCUUGCGGGAGCUGGACCUUGGACUAAAGGGAGAGCUGACCAUGACCAUUGACAUGGAGAGCUUACAGAAUGCCUUGUACCUGGACACGGUGCCAGAGUCCUGGGCCAGACGAGCCUACCCCUCCACGGCAGGCCUGGCAGCCUGGUUUAUUGACCUGCUUAACCGGAUCAAGGAGCUGGAGGCCUGGACGGGCGACUUUGCCAUGCCCUCGACUGUAUGGCUGACGGGCUUCUUCAACCCCCAGUCCUUCCUGACGGCCAUCAUGCAGUCCACGGCCCGCCGGAACGAGUGGCCCCUGGACCAGAUGACCCUGCAGUGUGAUGUGACGAAGAAGAACAGGGAGGAGUUCAGGAGUCCCCCGAGGGAAGGGGCCUAUGUGCAUGGCCUCUUCAUGGAAGGCGCUCGCUGGGACACCCAGGCUGGGAUCAUCGCCGAGGGGAAGCUGAAGGAGCUGACACCCGCCCUGCCUGUGAUGUUCAUCAGGGCUGUCCCUGCAGAGAAACAGGACUGCCGAGGCGUCUAUCUCUGUCCUGUGUACAAGACCCGUCAGCGGGGACCCACCUACGUGUGGACUUUCCAGCUGAAGACUAAGGAGAAGCCAUCCAAGUGGGUUCUGGCCGGAGUCGCCUUGCUUCUGCAGGUUUAGCUUCCUGCAGAACCCCCGAGGAAGCAAAGCUGGGCUGGAGGCUGCCCAGAGGGACUGGUGGGUGAGGGCUAAGACCACAGCCAUAGAGAAAGAUAAGAAAUGGAUAGUACUCACAGUUCUGAAGAGUUCCUUUGGGGGAACUCAAGAGAAGUGCCUAAAGUGAGGUUGAGCUGGAGGAGUAUGGACCUAGGAACUAGGAUUGAAGAGUUUCCUAAC